AUGUGCUCAGUAAAAAUGAAUGAGAAUACACUAGGAGAUGGUAUGGGUAUGGAAUCAUGUCCGUACAGUGUGCUGGAUGUAGCACAGCUGCUUCAGACAAAGUUUGCUUUUAUGUCAGGAGCCAAGGCAAAGAAUGGUGCACCAAUAAUGACAUUUCCGGACAGACCAAACACACCGGAACCUAAUGAAGAUGAGUACCGGAAAAUUGUUACCUACCUCUGUAGUAUACCCCCGUUACAUGAGACACAGAUGGGGUUUGUUUUGUUGGUAGAUCGUAGACAAAGUGGCUGGGGCUCGGUCAAGACAAUCCUCAUGAGAUUCUCAAGUUUCUUUCCUAGUCAUAUACAGGUGGUAUUCCUACUACAGCCUCAUGGCUUCUUCCAGCGAGCUUUCUCGGACUAUAGGUCAAAGUUCAAAGAGGAGUUGGAAUAUAAGGUUGUUUCCCUUGACAGUCCGGAGGCAAUGUUUGACUAUGUUGCCCCUGAAUUUGUAACACCUGAUAUGGGAGGAAAUUUAGAGUUUGAUGCCAAUGAGUGGACACAAAACAGAUGUGCUGUCGAGAAAUUUAGCAGCAAUACUGAAAAGAUAGCCUUAUCUCUUACUGAACUGAUAAAAAAGAUGGAGAUAGCGUGCACACCAAAUGAUGUUGCUGGGACGGAAAAACAGAUCAGCGAACAUUCUGCUCAGAGGAGAGAGCUUCUGGAAGACCUGGAGUCAUCAAGCUUCCAUGGGCAAACUUUGUUGAGUUGUAUAAAGGGAGAUAAUGAGAGGACUCCGCUUGUACAUUUGGCUCAUGUUCUGGAUGUUGAAAGAUUGAUUGUGCAGCUGGAAGAAACAAAGAAGAAAUUUGAUGAGUAUUGGGAGAAACAUCACUCCAAACUGCAGCAGUCUUUACAAUUGAGGAAAUUUGAGGAGAAUUUUAAAUUGUUCCAGAUAAUCUGUGAUAAGAAUAUAGACAUGUUAGAGAAGAAGAUGAAGGAGAUUGGUGAUAGUGUUAAACAAGUGGAUGAUCUUAUACAAGAGUUUGAUGAAUUUGAAACAAAAGCCAAGCAAGAGAUAGAACAAGGAGAUAAAAUGCGAGCAGACGGCGAUCAGUAUAUCAUGGAUGACCAUUACGCUGUAGAUAGUAUACGACCAAAAUGUAUAGAGUUACAGAGAAUGUGCGAACAAUAUCGGCAACUUCUGAGACGCCGCAGAGAGAUAUUGAACAAGUCACAUGAUCUGCACGAGAGAAUUGAAAAGGCUAAUAAGUGGUGUUCUAAUGGAAUGGACAUGCUAACAAGCCAGUUAGAGAAUUGUAACACCCCAGAGAGUAUUCGUCAAGCUAUUGAAGAUAUAGAUAAAUUUGUUGUCACAUCCAAGGAUCUUAAAUUAAACAAUCCUAAAGAAUUCAGACAACUGUUUGACAGUGUUAUCACAUCGGAUACAAGGGCAACAGUCCAGAAGACUUUGAAAAAGAUAGAAGAUGUUCAAUCAAUGUGUAGUAAGAGGAAAGCUGACCUUCAGACACAGGCUCGAGCCCAACCUGUACAUCAUCCAGCGCAGCCUGAUCUAGUCACUUCCUCCUCUAGAGGUCAAACAACGGUACCAGAGUAUGACCUGAGGAAGAAAGGAGGUCACAGAGAUCGACACAGGAAAGAUAGUAAAGAUACUACUAAAAAAGGGGCACCUGCAGUUCCUUCUGUGGAAAAAUCUGCAAGGAUACGUGUUGAUGUAGGACCACCCCAGCCACACUCUCGGGUAGACAUUGGACCUCCCCAACCACAGCCUCGUACCACACAUUAUGGAUCAACAAGUACGUGUAGUAGCAUGUCCACGGUUGACAGCACGGACGGGGCACGUAAUUCUCUUGCAUCAACCUCUACAACAACCUCUGGGUCAAGUUCUUUCUCCGAACAAAUGCUGGAGAGUUUACAAGAAAAAAGACAACAUGUGCUAAAUGAGUUAAUAGAGACAGAGAAAACCUAUGUACAGCAGCUUCAUGAUAUAUUGAGG